AUGACCGACCCGAACCCACACCUCCCGGCCCAAAAAAUCCCCGGUGACUACGGGCCCCCGUUUUUUGGGCCCAUCCGCGACCGCUUCCGCUACUUCUACACCGAGGGCGAGGCCCACUUCUUCCGGGCCCGAAUGGAAAAAUACAACUCCACCGUAUUCCGCUCCAACAUGCCGCCAGGACCAUUCAUGGCCCGCGACCCACGUGUCAUAUGCCUCCUCGACGCCCUCAGCUUCCGGGCCCUCUUCGACAACUCCCGAGUCGAAAAACGCGACGUGCUCGACGGCACAUUCGUCCCCUCGACUUCCUUCACGGGCCGGGCCCGGGCCUGCGCCUACCUCGACCCGUCCGAGCCCAAACACGCCCUCCUCAAGGGCUUCUUCCUCGACCUCGUCGCGAAAAAGCACGACAAAAUCGUCCCGUUGUUCCGCCAGUCGGUCGCCGAGAAAUCAGGCAUCGAGCGAGAUGAGGCAUGCCACAACCUCGUGUUUCUCGCCGGUUUCAACGCGUACGGAGGCAUGAAGACCCUAUUCCCGGCUUUAAUCAAGUGGGUGGGAGGAGCUGGGGAAGCCCUACACCGAAGGUUGCGGGCCGAGAUACGGGCCGUGUUCGAACCGCACGGGCCCAUAACCCUAACGGGCCUCGACCGGCUGGUGCUUACAAAAUCGGUGGUUUACGAGGCAUUGAGGCUCGACCCGCCCGUUCCGUACCAAUACGGGCGAGCCAAGUGCGACUUUGAUAUCCGGAGCCAUGACUCGAGUUUCGAGGUCAAGAAAGGCGAGAUGUUGUUCGGGUACCAACCGUUUGCGACUCGGGACCAGAGGGUUUUCGAACGUGCAGAUGAGUUUUGGGCCGAGAGGUUCGUGGGAGAUGGGGAGAGGUUGUUGGAAUACAUUUAUUGGUCCAAUGGGCCGGAGACGGAGGAUCCGGCGAUCGGGAACAAGCAAUGUCCCGGGAAGGGUAUGGUGGUAAUUUUGUGCAGGUUGAUGUUGGUGGAGUUUUUCUUGAGGUAUGAUACGUUUGAGGUUGAGGUUGGGAGGAAGAUGUUGGGUUCGGAUGUGAAGUUCAAAUCUUUGACUAUGGCUAGUGAUUAA